UUAGCUUAGUAAACAAGCUAGGUAUGGACGCCACCAAAGUAGAAUCACCGCAGAAAGCGAAACCUAAAGCUCAGCCUCCAUUACCAGCUGUGUCGUUUUCAUCACUUCCAGACGAAAUCGUUUUGAUCUGCUUAGCCCGGACCUCUGUUUCUUACUACCGUUCCCUCUCCUUAGUCUGCAAGCGCUUUCACUCCCUCCUCUCUCCUCCAGAGAUCUACGCGACUCGAUCCCUUAUCGGAAUCACAGAGCCCCGCGUCUAUAUAUCCAUGUGGUCACCGAACGAUGGCAGUGGCUUGUUCAUUCUCCAGAACCUUGAUCAAACCCUAAUCAACAACGGCCAGAUUAAGGGUGAGCUAAGUUUAAAACCGGUAAAACUCUCUAACGCCUGUCCUCCUGAUCUGUUGAGCUUAACCAAUGUAGUCGUUGGUUCCGAAAUCUACCAAAUCGGCGGAGCCAUCAACGACAUCUACGCAACCAGAUCCGUUCGUGUGCUUGAUUGUCGGAGUCAUACAUGUCGCGUGCUCCUGACAUGGGAGUGUUAAGGAGAGGGGCCAAGUCUUGUUUUUUAGACGGGAAGAUAUAUGUCAUGGGAGGAUUGGUACAGAGAGGAGGUGGAUUCAUAUCUUGGGGUGAGGUUUUCGACCUAAAGACUCAAACUUGGAAGCCAUUGCCUUGCCCUGGCGAUAAUGGCGAAGUUCCGAAUGAAGACGUUGCAGUUUUUGGAGAAAGGUUAUACGUUUUCACCAAGAAUAACAACUAUGUAUAUGAUUCGGAAGAAGGAAGAUGGCUACCAGGAGUGGAUAUACAACAUAUAACUGGACCUCGAUAUGGUAUAAAGAAAGUUAUGGAACGUGUAACUGGACCUUGGUGCGUUGUAAAUAAUGUAAUGUUUACUGAUGAUAACCGUAAGUACAAGUGGUACAGCUCAAGUCACGGAAGGUGGUUUAAAUUUGAAGGUUUGAAUGAUAUAUACCAAAAGCGUGGUUAUGAUUACCGUACGAUUCAGUUAGUUAACUAUUGUGGGAAGCUGUUAAUUAUAUGGCACGAGGGGAUCAGGAUUCUAGAGGGGGAACAGCAUGUUUGCAGCCCUUACAAGAGAGUUUGGUGUGCGGUGAUUAGGUUGGAGGAGCAUUUGUCUUACUCUGUACCCCUGAUUCGUGGGAAGGUUGAACGGUUGAAUGUAAUUGUGCCUCCAAUUCACACGUCUUAUAACCUCUUGCAUAGGUUGAACCUCUUGAGAUGUCUAUUUGUAUCGGUUUGA